CUCUCCCCCGCCCGCCGGCCGCGGGGCUAGAAGCGCCGGGCCCAGGGCUGCCGGCGCGCGCAUGCGCGUCUCCGCUACGCGGCUUUCCUCCCCUCGGGACCAGGAGCCCGGGCCUCGGGUGUGAAGCCCGCGGCGCCGGAAGUGGCCGUGCUCCUCCGCCUCGCCUCGGCCCUGGCGGAAACUGACGCCCUGGAAGAGAGGUUCCGGGGUUGGCCGGGGCUGGCGGCGGCGGGAUGGAGAGCGGGGCCGAGGACGCGGGGCUGAGCCGCCGCCCGGUGCUGGCCUCCUCCUGGGAUGCCGCCUGCGGAGCCCUGGCCCGGAGCCUCCGUCUCACCCGCGCUGACCUCGGCGCCCGGGAGCUGGACUGGGACGAGCUGCUGGCGCCGCCUGCCGCGGGCCGGGAGCUGGUGGUUUUGAGGACAAGCCCGAGCAGCCCCGACGAAAAGCCCUGCUUCCUUUACCUGCGAUGUGACCCUAGAGCAGGUGAAGAAAUCGCUUCUGUUGGCGUUUUAAGUUCAGCAAGAAACUUGGAAGUGUACGUGGGAGAGGAGUACUGUGGCACCAGCAGGGGCAAGAGUGUGUGCGGUGACCUGGACGGCAGGGAGCACGAAAUUAUUUUCUAUAUGAAAUAUUUAAAAUUGGAGUCCUGUAGUCAUGCUUGUAAAAUAAAGUUGCUCUCCUUUGGUGAAAAGCAGUGUGUGUUCAUCAGUAAAGUUGUGGUACAAUUGAGGCGGGUUUCAGCAAAUUCUUCAACAAGCUCUCCUGCUCUAGGAUCAAGGAUAGACCUGCAGAGGGUCCAAACUCUCAUGGAGGCCAUGGGGUCAAAGUUGUCACCUGGCGCUCAGCAAUUGAUGAAUAUGGUUCGAUUUCAGCAGCAGAAUUGUGUUCCCAUUGGAGAGCAGCUUCAGUCGGUUUUGGGAAAUCCUGGUUACAAACGCAUGAUGGACCUGCAGUCGUCAUCUGCUUCAGGAACUUUAGACAAGUCACCCUCCACGCCUUUCCCUUUUAGAACUGGAUUGACAUCCGGAUCCCUGGCUGAAGACUUAAAAGCUUAUAUUGAUAAAAGUCUGCAGCCACUUGGUGGAGGAAACAUGACAGACCUCAAAGAUUAUAACGUGGUGCCACAAAACCAUUCUCUUCUUGAGAAUGACCUCAGAAGUGCAGUUUCUUCUUUCCUACCGAAGAAAGCAAGUGAUCACUCAACUCUACCUAACUCUGAGUUGCCGCCUUUUCUCCAGAAUCUGUGUAGUCAGGUUAACCAUCUCCGUGUGGGACAUAACACCAAGUGGCAGGAAAGCAUCACUAACGCCAGUGAAGGUGUUGUUGGUGUUGGGAUGGAAGAGCAGCCUGUGUGUUCCUACUUGGAAAAGAUUCUUACUAAAAACUUGGAACUGAUGGAAAAGAGACUCGUAGACUACGUCGACCGGCGACUGUGUAAACUCCAAGAGCACAUGGAUGCCAAGAUUGCUCUGUUAAUGGACCUGCUGCAGAGUCCCUACUCCCCACCCCCGGGGACGGCCCUCAGACCCUGUGACUCUGGAGAAAGACUUUCAAAUGGAGAAAGAUAAGUGCUCAACCUGUACGGUGCGCUACAGAUAUUUAUUACGUAUUUAUUGCAAAGCCUAAACCCCCAAGGUUCAAAGCCAGUAUUUCAUGUCAUUUGAGGAUCAUCCUCUCCCUUCCAUCAAGUGACCUCCGUGUUCAUUUGAACUCUACUUGUUACUGUAAAUCCAGUACUGUGCACUAGAAUUAACGGGAUAGGGUCACCUACUAUUUUUGUUUGCAAUACUGUUUACUUUUAUUUUUCAUUUGUAUUUACUUUUAUUUUUGUUUAAGUGUUUUAACUUUUUAACGAUUUGUAUUUUAAUUCAUGAAUCUGUUUUAUAUAUGUGUUUAAGUGCUGUUUUAAUUUAUACAAAGGCCCUAUGUUUUAGGUGCGUGAAAAAAGUACAGUGUUUGAUAUAUUUUUGUUUAUCUAAUUGAUUGUUCUUAGAAACCUUAGACUAUUUAGGCCUUGCUUGCAACCUUUAAUUCCCAGUCACCAAAUUACAUUUCAUAUUGUUUAUUUCAGAUAAAAAAUUAACGUGUUUCUGCACCUUUACAUCGGGGCCAUUAAUUUUAUGUUCUGUCACAUUGAAGCUAUACUGUGGGUAGGGGAGAAACAUCAAACUGACCCUUUUUUUGUUAAGAUUAUUACUUUAGAUUUUGUGUUUGAUGUAAAACAGAAGUUAUCUUGUUUCAUUUCAGUAAACACAACUUUUUUGAGUUGAUAGUGGUUCUUCUUUCCAGAGCCCUUCCCCGGUACGUUUAACAUGUGAAGUGCUGAGCCUCUGCAUGCAAAGAUGAAGGCAUAUGAAUCAAGGAGAUUGUGCCUCUGUGGCGGAUGUAAUUUUCAGAAAUUAUGACUAUUUUAUGUGUCUUGAGGGCUGGUAUAUUUGCAUCUAAAAAAUAAAUGCAUGUACUCUGGAAACUAUGUGUCUUAUAUAAAUACAAAAUUGUUUUGAAGAUUUUAUUAUUUAAGAGAGAGCAAGAGAGCGAGAGAGAGCAUGCGCAAGUGCACAUGUAGGGGAAGGGGCAGAGGACAGGGAGACACAGACUCCCCACUGAGCAGGGACCCGGACUGGGGGCCUCAAUCCCCCGACCCCGGGAUCAUGACGUGAUCCGAAGGCAGACGCUUAACCAAGUGAGCCACCCAGGCGCCCCAGAAAUAUUUUCAUCUAAUAUUUGUUCAAAAUGAAAAUGAUGUUUUACACUCAUUUCAUGUUUUGGUGAAUAUAGUUCUUUAAAGUGAGAACUAUUACAGUGUUCAUUUAUGAAUCAUUCUGACCUCAGUGACAGGAGGUCUGUAUAUGACUUUUUUCAAGCUUUUCCUAAUUUUAUUCACAACCUAUGUAGCCAGUAAAUAGUAUUUCUAACCACAGUCGGAAAAUGUGUUGGACUUAAAGCUCAACCCUUCUUUUAAUAGCUGUGCAGUUUCUGAUAGUUGUGGUCUGUUCUUUGGUUCAGAAAUUGCCUCAAAAUAGUUACAACUAUAACACACAAGGUAUGUUUUAUAAAAUGAUUAGAAUAAUACAAUAUUCAUGACUAUAGUACUAGAAAUAAUUCAUAUGUGCUUUAAUUCCUGAUUUUCCAUUUAAUUUUUCUGUGUUAAUGAAGACCUUACAUUUUAUAUGUAUUAAAAAUUCAGAGGUGUUUAUUUUCUUAAAAACUGUUGUGCAUAAAUGUAUGUAUUGCUUUAUUAUUAUUUCUGAAAAUACUGCCUGAAUUUGCUCCGCAGAAGCAGCAGACUAUAAUACUUACAAACUCUUUAUUAUUAAGUCUUUUUUUUUCUUGUGAGUUUUCUCCACAUAUAAUAAGCCAAGUCUGCAGAGUAAUGUGUGUUCUAAUUUCCCCAUUUUUACCACUUUGAGCGUCCUUUCGUCUCCUUUCCCAUGGAGGCUUGCUGAGGUUUCCAUUCCACUUCCAUCAGUGGAUCGAUUGUCAGUGUUUGGGGUGUAGGGCAGAGAGAGUUUAUGCCCUGCUGCCCUAGGACUCUUCUUAAGGUGUGGCCACGGAGACUGGCAUUGGAGGCUCUUCCUCACUCAACCCCAGCCCAGCUUUCCAGCCUCAUCAGCCACCUCCACGUCACCUGCUGUGCCAGCCUGUCCUUUCUUCCCACAGCGCCUCACAUUGCUGGUUCCAGCAGAACAGGAAUGUUCUCCUCCUCUGGUUCCCACCUCUCCCUACCCUACACUAGCAUUCCAGCUCAGCACAGAUGCAGCCUUCAGGAAGCCACCCUGGUCCCUCCCCCGGGAAGGAAGCAAGCAGCUGGAUGAGUGAAACAGGCAACACAGAAGGCUCUUUUCGGGGCACGGAAAACAGUCUAGGUUGGCUAAUGCAUAGGAUGCAGGUGAGGCCUGGGGAGGGAAUGCAGAGGGAAGGCCUGAAAAGGUGGCCUGGCUUUGGCUUUGGAAAAAACCCUGAAUGCUCCACUCUGGAGAUUUGUCAACACCAAGGAAUCAGUGGUUUAAGAGGAGUGACGUGGUCAUCUCUAGGCCUCA